AUGGCCGAUGAAGUUGGGAACCAAUUUGAGGUGAACAACUGCUCUGCCUGCUCUGGGUGACUGCCAAGCUCCAGGGGCCCCACAGUCUUCUCUAUUGAUUACAAAGGCUGCCAUGUGCUGGGGGAGACCCCACAGCUGGGAACCAGUUGGCACAUCCUCUGCAGAGUGAGAAGGAGUUUAAAGGAAGCCUGUCCUGGUUGCUGCCAUGACAACACCAGAGAGGAUCCCUGUUACUGUGGCAACAUAGUGACUGGCCAGUGCUUUAAAAAUGGCCACUCCUUCCUCACAGUGUCCCAAGAAAUGGCCUUGAUCCAUGCUUGUCCCUCUCACCUGCUGAUUCAAAUGGUGGUGAUAGGAGGGCAGUGCUGCCCUUUGUCUCAUUAUCAGGGCUUCACUGUUACCACCUUUGCUCUCCUGGACCCUGGCUCCUGGAGAGCCCUCCUGCACCUGCUGCAUCUCUGCCUGCUGCCCCUGGAGACCACGAGUACAUGUAGAUCAGGGAUUGCAGGUUAUCACAGUGACACUGCCAAGCCCAGCAUGGGGAGCUCUGCAGGGUCCCUGGGCUUUGAGGAUUCCUCCAGGCAGGACUCCACGCAGGGGCCCUCAGGGACCAGGCCUUCGGGCCAGCCCUUCAGUUCUCUUGCUGUUGCCCUGGUCUGAGGGGUUGAUGUCUUCGUGGGCCUAAGCCAGGCCAAGUCCAGAAGCUUGAAGAAGGCAAAAGAGGGCGAACAGACUGAGUAG